AUGGAUGAGAAGAAGCACGGCCCAAGCUUCAGCAUGGACACAUUGAAGGACCCAGAGAAGCUGAAGGCCUACAUGAUGAAGUAUUCUCAAAGCGAGGCCUUCAAGAUCUGGGCUGGCUUUGCCGUCAUCGCCUUUAUUGUUUUCAUGUUGGUGUCCAGUGGUGAUUUUUCAUUCUUGUUGACCCUCUCCUCCCUACUCAGCACCUUCAGCUUUCUGAUGGUGGCUUUGAAGAUGGAGAUUGGAAGAUCGUGCAAGGGCGUCUCCCUGAAGAUGAUGGAAUGCUACUUGGUCAUCUUCUUCUUUCGACUCUGCGCAAUCAUCCCCUUCGAGGGCUACCUGCCGUUCGACAAGUCUGGCGACUGGUUCUACCAGACCUGUGAAGCUCUUGGCUUCUGCCUCGCCGGAACCAUGGUGUACUUUUGCCGCGUGAAGUAUGCGGCCAGCUACAACCCUGAGACGGACACCUUUCAGCACCUUUACCUCGGUGUUGGGGCCCUGGGCUUGUCCUUGAUCUUCCAUCCGAACUUGAACGGCUUCCUUCCCUCAGACAUGGGCUGGGCCUUCGCGCUCUACCUGGAGUCGGUCGCCGUCUUGUGCCAGCUCUUCAUGUUCAUGAAGGAGGGCCGUGCGCAGGAGCACACUUCGCAUUUCCUCGCGGCGCAGGCCUUGGCGAAGGUCAUGUCCUUCAUCUUUUGGGCAUCCUCCUUCAGCGAGCUGUCAGACCCAAACCAUCACAUCAAGGCCUUCGUUGGCAAUUGGGUUGUUUGUGCACAGCUCGUCCAGCUUGCAAGCAAUUUGCCCAAGAUGGAGGAAGCCACGACAGUCGCAAAACUCAUCGACGCGAAGGGUCCUUUGAUCAAGGUCGCGGCCGAGGAUGCAAACGAAGAAACGCGAUUCCUGGCCUACACAGCUUUGGGUGCACUGGCCGUGCUGCUGCCAUCCUCGGCGCAAGACCAGGUAGUGGCUGAGCUGUUGAAACCGCUGGCCGACAAGAAGGCACCGGAACGUGCGCGCCUGGCGGCGCUGACGGCCAUGGCACAGGUGGCACAGCAAAGCGAAGGAACUUCCAGAACCUGGGCCGGCAGCUUUGUGGACAAGGCUCUCCCUUUGCUGACUUUGGCCUCCACCAAGCCUGCUCAGCGGAUGCAGAGCCUCUUGGCCUGGGCCACCGUUGGAUCCUUGGCGAAGGCUGAUCCCGAAGCCUUGAGUUCCAAGCUCAAGAAGGAGCAGUUGACUCUGCUCAAGGAGAGUGUCUCUUUCCUCAAUGCUCUGCCUAUCAUCCAGAAAGCCCCGCCCGCGGAGCUGUCCGCUCAGGCUCAAUUUUGGCGAGCGCUGCUCGCAGGCCUGAUUCCUGGUAGCCCGUCUUUGGCGGAUGCGGCGAAGGAGGUCUCCUGGUUGGCCCUGCCAAAAAAGCCGUUCGGGAAAACACUGCCCAUUGUGCGCAGCACAAUUGUACUUCUCGCAGGCCUGCACAGUUCCUCUCCCGAACGUGGCCUUCGGACUGAGUCGGAGGCAAACAGGCCGAGCCAAGUCAUGAACCUGACGGCCAUUAUUCAGCAGCUGAAGGACGAGGACGCCAACAACAUCCUUCUGUUGUUGGCAGAGGCGUUCAUCGCUUGGCUUGCUGAGAUGGCUGCGCUUCCGAAACCACAACGACAGGUAAACAGCAGUGCCCUGCGCGACAUCUUGGUCGAUCUUUGCCAUGCCGCUGCGACAGCCUCUGGCCCGCUUCGCCCGGAAAUCGUGUGCUUGCUUUCUCUUGCCGCUCAUCACCCGCUGCUGGGUUCGCGGCACUGGCCGCAACUGAAACACUGGAGAUGGCUGCGCUAUAGGGGUCCAUUGGCUGCGUGCUUCGAGAAGGGGCGCUCCGAUGUCUGGGCAACUCUUCGCGAGCUGAUCUUGGCCGGCCGAGCUAUUCCUGGCACGGAUGCCAGUGGCUGCCGCCGUGCCGCGAUCUCUUUGGCUUCUGCUUUUGAAGGCGACGAGCCUGCUCUGCACGAGGAAGCCGCUGCGCUUGUUCGCGAGUGUGUGGCGGCCUUGCCCACGGAGCAGGUCAGCGCUGAAGCGCUGGAGGAUGUGAAGAUCUUCUUUGCUCCAGAGGGCGUCUUGUGGAUUGAGGAGGGCGUUUACGUGGCUGAAGAGCGGGAGAACAAGAACCUCACAAAAAACAAGUACCUUCAGGGCUUUGAGGAAGAGGAGACGAAGCAAGGGCCUUCUGCAUCACGCCUCAAGUUUGCACCGAAGGACAGGGACAAGCCAAAAGAAAGCAAAGCAAAGGAUGCAAAAGAUGCAAAGCCCGGGAAGGGAAAGAGCAAGGGCGCCGCCGCAUCAGAGAAGGGAGCCAUGACGCAGGGUCAGAUAGAGGAGGCAAGGAUCCAGGAGCAGUCCGAAACGAGAGCGCGCAUCCGACGCUAUGUGGACGAGGCAUGCUUCGGAAUGGAUGUGAUGGUUUCACUCGCCAGGAACGAGAGCAGCAAACAGGCCUUCGAAGAGCUGCUUCCAGAACUUGUGCCCAACUUCCUGAAGUUGCUGCAGUCGCCCCUGACCGUCCUGCAAACGAGGAGGUGUCUUCGCAGUCUGGUCAGCUUGGUGGUCCCGAGGCAAAGCAUCGCUAGGCGCGAUUUGCUUCCGGAUGCGCUCAUGGUUGUGGGCAAGCGCUGGCUGGCUCGCAGCCCGGCCAGCGCUGGCACUCCUGGAAAGGAACGCGUUUGUGAGGUCGUGCUGGAUGGUGUGGACUCUGUCAGAAAGUUGGACGGCUGUUCCAUGGCGCUCAUCUUCCCAAUCAUCAUCCGUGCGCUGUAUGAUGGCGGGUCUCUGUUGCAGGUCCUGUGCACUCGCGCCUUGCACCUUCUCGAGCAUCAACUGGCGCUUGGAUUGGAGGUGUCCGACGAGACAGCCAACGAAGUGUUCGACUCUUUGAGCGUGGUGCUUCUCGCAUUGCCAGGCAUGGCGCAUAGCACGCAGGCCGCUAUGGCCGCAGCCUGCAAGCACAUGGUUUCAUCAACAGAGACUUUGGGCAAAUUGGCGCAAAUGUUCUUCUCCGACGAAGAGUUAAUGCGGGAGUCCGUGAUCACUGCCUUGGGAGUCUUGCCGGAGAAUUUGCAUGUUCAGGUUCGCCUCAUGGUAAGUUUUGGCAUUUGGUCGGCCAAUGCAGUGUUACCCCACAAGCAGAAGUGGCUCCAGGGCAGUGCCGGGUUUGUUCCACGGCCACCAAUGCCAGAGGAGGAUCCCAAGCCAGGAUUUCGAGGUGGGAAGGCGCUCUUCAUCUUCUUCCUCUGUAAUGCCGUCCCCUUCGCUGCCUUAAUGCAUUAUUUAAGGGAGCAGCGCACGGAGCGAACGCAGUUGGCCUUGCUGUCCCUGCCGUCCCUCCCAGAAGAUGUUGCGGCAGAAGUCCUUCGAGCAAUUCGGACUUCGUCCAUCUGCUUUCUGAUACAAGACGCAGAGGCUCCAAGCCCGAUCGCCGGAACCCUGCGUGUGGAUCCACAUCCCCCAGAAGCUUCGGCAUAUAUUCCGCCAACAGAGCCCUUGCCACUGAUUCCCCAGAUGGAGCGAAAUUUCCUGACCGACUUGGUAGAAUCUCCGGCCGUCAGUGGCUUGGGCUUUGUGCACUUCGCCGUCGCCAAAGCCUCCCCGGAAGGUCGCGCGGUGAUUGCCGGACGGAGGCAGGGAGGCUUGCUCUACGUUUCGCACACACGCGCCGCUUAUUGCACCGUGAGUGGCCAGCUGAGCGUGCUUUCCGAUCCUGAAUCUAGACGACGAUACUGGAAGUCAUCCUGGUCUUUCUGCUUUCCAAGCCCGGCGCCCCCGUCGGUCGUGCCGUCAGCAGCUCCGACACAGCCCGAGGAGGCACCGCCCGCAUGGCAAAGCGAGGAAUACUUGCUUCUGCGCCUGGCCAUUGACCAGGCCUCGCUGCAGUCAAUUGUCGAUGGUCCACAGCGCUGGCAGUCCCGACAUGUACGGCGUGAUGGCCAAAAAAAUCGUUGGGAGGCUGUGCCAUAG